AUGGCCGACGUCUCGACCUCCGCCGCCCCCAAGUUCUCGCGGUACCGCUCCGUGCGCCGCCAGCAGGAGCAGCAAUUGAAGCAGCCGCCCCCGCCCAUGCCACCGCUCAACCCGCCGAAGGAGACCUCUGUUAGCAGGAGCAUGUCGCGAUACCAUCGCCAGCGGCCAGGCGUCGCCGUCAACAAUGCUGUUCCUCCGAUUCCCGACCUCCCCGGCAUGCGCAGCGCAAAGUCUCAAACUCUCCCACCUCCUCCCCCUGUUCCGGUACCCACGCACGCGACCUCAAGUCCACGCCUUCGUUCGGGUACUUUAGGACCCCAUAAUGCGUCGCAACAGACUAGCAAUGAAGAGAGCAAGGCGUCGCCAUCCAUGGGCGUGGCGGGGAAGCAAGUUCCUCUGGUCAAGCGCACAGCUCGAGAACCGUUGGCCACUGCGCGCGAGGAGGCGCGCAAACUGAUGCAUGGCGAGGCUGAGCGUCUCAGGAGAAUAAAGGAGGAGCAGCGCACAGAGAGGGAAGCUUUGGAAGCUAGGCGGGCAGAGCAAGAGCGGAGGGAGAGGCACGAACAGGAGAAACAGAAGGCGCUUUUGGAAGCAGAGCGGCUGAAACAGCUGCAAGAGAAGGCAGAAGAAGAGGAGCGUAUCCGGUCACAACAAGAGGGAGAAUCUCGCAACAAAAGGAGGCUUCAGGAAGCUAGCCGCGCGAAACAGCACCAGGAAGAGGAGGCACAGCCCAAAUCGCGAAUGCGAGCCAGAACCGUUGGCAAGGACCAGAGACCGUCAACUUCAAAGGGUAGUCCUUCCGAAUCCAGACCUCAGACAUCAUCACAGAAAUCGCUACCUCAUAGUUCACCUUCGAAACUCGGGUUCCUGAAGAAACGCAAUCGAGAUGACGCUCUUAGAGCACUGGAAGAUAGGCCUAAGACCUCUUCAAGACCCAGGGAGAUUAGCACUAGUAGCGGUGACAAGAGCGCUCCUAAGCCAUUAGCUGGAUUUGAUGCGCCAAUCUCAGCUGUCAAUGCCGGUGAUCGCCGCGUGAUGGUAGAGUGCAAUGGCUCUCAAAUACUUCUCCCAGUUGUUCCAGAGACUACCCCAUUGGAGCUCAUUCGAUCGGCAGCCAACUGUCUCUCCGUGCCUAUUGAUCCAAAGGGAUCGGUGCUACUCGAGAACUUUGGCAAGGUUGGAGUGACGAGACCGCUUCGGCACUAUGAGCACGUACGUGAUGUCAUGAACUCAUGGGACAGGGACGAUGAGAACAACCUCUACCUUGUGGACGCCUCCACGAGAGGCGCUGAGGAAGAGCUCAGUGCUUCCCAGGUGCCCACAUCGAAACCCGAAGCCUUCUCUUGUUUUAUCUACUACUCUCAGAAACCCGGCAAGUGGGCUAAGAAGCACUUCACAUUGCGAUCAGACGGUCAAAUCCUGCUUGCAAAGAAUGACGCCGGCAAGGACUCUAGUAGUGUUUGUCAUUUGUCCGAUUUCGACAUAUACACUCCGACUGUCAAAAAGGUGUCAAAAGUCAGGCCGCCGAAGAAGAUCUGUUAUGCUGUAAAGAGCCAGCAGAAGACAGCAAUGUUCUUGGAUGAAACGAGCUUUGUCCAUUUCUUCUGCACGGCAGACAAGGCGGUUGCGAAUGCUUUCUACAAAGCAAUCCAGGGAUGGAGGAGCUGGUACCUGGUAAAUGUCAUGGGCGAGGGGCAAAAGAAAGCCAAGACGGCAGAAGGUGCCACUGGAGGUGGGCUUCUACCAAGCUUUGGAUUCUUGGGCGGCAGUCCGAAGGACGAGAAGAUGGCCUCUCAUUCUAGAGGGUUCUCCGUCGACUCGCAUUACCAAUUAGGCUCAUUCAAGCCACUUCUCGAUCUCAGUAUGUUUGAAAAGGAGGAAAAGAAAGACAACAACAACGUUGCAGAUGAUUGGCGAUUGCCUAUGGACACAAAGGCGAUACACUCUCGCAAAAUGUCCACGCGCGUAAGAGAACCACCACCACCUUCUGGACAUGCCACCAAAUACAGCCAGAACUCAAACCGCCUCAACUCCUUAGCACAAAGUACAUCAUCAUCCCAUCAAUCGAACGGCGAAGAGCCCUUUGCUGCAACAGGCCUCCUAGGGCGCCAGUACUCCCAUCGGCAAAAGCUACUUCAAGAACGAGAGCAGAAUACCAGUAGUAAUAUUGGUCCUUUCACUGGCGGUUCCAACCUCAUCAGUAACGUCAACUCACCGUACAUGGCCAACGAACCAGGUGCCGGUCUGGGCCGGAAAUCUUCCGUGCGCAGCACACGUCAAUCUAGUGACCUGAACCGCUCAGCUUCCACACGAAACAAGCCUAAGCCACUGAUAGACCUCACGCCCCAAUAUCGUGAGCCACCUCAGCACGCUCGCAAAGGCAAGGGAUACAUCCCCGAUGCCAGUAACGAGCCAUUAGUCUCCAGUGCCACAUCACCAGACGAAGCCAUCAAGAUCCCGCCGUCUACAGACUGGCGUGCGCGGCCCAGCACCUCUGCAAACCAUGGAAAUUACGGCAGCGGCAACUAUGAGCGCAGCCGCUCCCUCCGUGGUGGGCCACCAGCCGGACUAGCUGCUUAUGCCGUCAACAUCCACGAUAACGUCCCACAGGAUGAGUCGGAUGCGUUCACGGGCCGUGGUCUACUUGCCAACGCUGGCUUCAGCCAAGGCGGUGUGAAGACUGGUCGCGGAGUUAUGGAUGGCUCAAAAGCGAAGGGCCCAAUGCUCGAUGUUGAUGACCGCAGCAAGUUUGUGCCCGGCAGUCUACUCUCUGGCGUGGAGAAGGUGCAAGGGUCUGGCGGGCCUAUCAUUGACCGAGAGAAAAGACAUACUGCUGAUGUUGCCACUGGAGAAGGGACGUAA